UAGUGUGAAAUAUUUUAUAGAUAAUAAGAAACAGUGAUAGUUAUAAUUAUUAAUGAUAGUAGUAGCUUAAUGAUUGUGUUAACGUAUUUCUCAUUUUUUACCUCUCCUUAAGUACAUUUUCCAUGUAACAGAUUAUUUUUAUUGUAUAACAUUACAACAAGUUUUAAUUUAAACUUCUCACUUGUAAAGGUCACAGUCCCCACUCUUAGAAAUCUUAUACGUGUAGUCAACUAUUUAAAUGAAAGAAAGCACUGUAUGAUUUCUCAUUUCAUAAUGGACUCUUUGAGCUGUGAUGUCUACGAUCUUGAACUUAUCAGACUCUGUGAAGAAAUAGAAGAAAAUGAAGAUCUAUGCGAGGCUGCCCGUCUUGUGAGCCAACUUCAUCGAGAGGCAUCUUCUCAAAUAGGACGGGGAGUAAAAAGGACAGCUGCAGUUUUGGAGACUGAAGAAUUCUUGUUGAAGAAAAACCGUCCAGCGGCUGCUGAACCUGUCACAUCAACAUCACCCGAACCAGUUCCCGAUGUCAUUGUGAGUACAAAUAAUAAUCAUGAAAUUGAAUGUUCUGUGUGUAAUAAGUUUGUCUCUAAAAGAUAUUUUAAAAAUCAUUUAAAUAGUAAUCUUCACAAAAAUAAUGUUUUAAGGGCUGACAUUGAAUGGGUUAAUGUUCAGUUAAUUGAAAAUGCUUUUAAGAAUAGGGUGGCCACUUACAGAAUACUAUUAAAUGAAAAUGUUCACCAACCAUUUACUCCCGAAUCUAUUUUACUAGGAAAUAAAGAUAAAAUCUUUGCAUUAUUGGAUCGUUCCCUCACUGAUCACCAUGCUUUAAAAGUAAACUUUAUUUUAAAUGCGGAUUUUACUCAAGAGAGCAAACAAGUAAAUAAUACAUUUGAUUUCCAAUUAUGUAACAAUGUAGUUGAUGUUAGCAGCGACAAAGAUGAGAUUUUCGAGUCAGUUGUUAAAGAUAUAUUAACAAAAUUAUUUAACUUUGAGAGAAAAGAUAGUGGAUGGAGUUUAGUAAAAUUUAACUAUCUAGAUGUCAAUGUAAACAAAUUUAAUCCAUUGCGUGGUUCUUCCUAUAUCGAAUUACCACGUGAUAUUCAGAACAGAAAAGCAGUUAUUAAUGUAAAAAAUAGUGAUCAUGAAUGUUUUAGAUGGGCUGUAUUGUCAGGCUUGUAUCCACCUACAAGUCAUCGUUCAAACACUACGAAAUCGUAUAUAGCGCAUAAAAAUAAAUUAAAUUUUGGAAAUUUAACUUUCCCACUUAAAGUUGGAGAUAUUCAGAAAUUUGAAAAAAUGAAUGAUAUAAGUAUAAACGUUUUUGGUCUUGAAUACAAUUCGAAAAGUAAAAUACAUGAUGUAGUAGGCCCAUUACACUUAACAAAGUGCAAAAAAGCUACCCACUUGAACUUAUUGUACAUAUCCAAAGACAGUAAGGGGCAUUAUUGCUAUAUCAAAAAUUUAUCUAGGUUAGUAUCCAAACAAUUAUCAAAUACACAGCAUGCCGCACAUAUUUGUGAUGGUUGUUUGUCGAACUUUACAACUCGUGACAAUUUAAUGAAUCAUCAAAGAAACGAUUGUUUCCAUGUUUGUACACAUUUACCUUCAGAACAGGAUAAAAAGAAAAACUGGUUCAAUGAAAACGUUUCCUCCAAUAUACUUACUUUCGAUAAUUAUGAACGUAAAUUAAGGGUACCUUUUGUUAUUUAUGCUGAUUUCGAGGCCUUUCUAAACCCGAUUCAAACAGGUAAAAUUAAUCCUACUACAUCCUCAACAACAAAUAUACAAAAACAUGAGGUAUAUAGUUUUGGAUACUAUAUUAAAUGUUCUUAUAAUGAUAAAUUGUCAGUGUACAGAACAUAUAAAGGCAAAAAUUGCACCCAGGAAUUUAUGAAGUAUAUGGAACAAGACUUAAAGGCCAUUUGUAGGAGAAAUACUUUUGUAAAAACUCCAUUGCCUUUAUCUAAUGCAAAUAAUGUGCAUAUUUCUCAGAGUAGUACAUGUUAUAUUUGUGAUAAAAAUUUAAACGAGGAUUCAGUCAUUUCCUAUAAUUACCAUACUGGUCUUUAUGAAGGAGUGGCACAUAAAUUUUGUUCUGAAAAAUACAGGGCACCUAAUUUUGUACCUGUAUUAUUCCAUAAUUUGUGUAACUAUGAUAGUCAUUUUAUAGUGCAUGGGCUUGGUUUGAUGGAAGGCGACAUUGAACUGAUUCCAGAGAACAAAGAGAAAUACAUUUCAUUUUCUAAGAACUUGCAAAUAAAUAAUCGCACAGUUAAAUUGAGAUUUGUUGAUUCACUUAAAUUUAUGUCCAGUAGUCUUGACAAAUUGGCAAAAAACUUGUUGCCUGAACAAUUUCAUGAAUUAAAAUUGAAUUUUUCAUGCGAGGAGGAUUUUAAACGCUUAUUACGAAAGGGUGUAUAUCCCUAUGAACACAUGUCAUCAUACGAUUCUUUAAACUUAACAGCUCUUCCCUCUAAAGAUGAUUUCUUUAGUUCCUUGUCUGAUAGUCACAUCUCAGAGGAGGAUUAUGAUCACGCAAAAGAUGUUUGGUCUCAUUUUCAAUGCAAAAAUAUGGGUGAUUAUUCUGAUUUAUAUUUAAAAACUGAUGUUUUAUUACUAACUGAUAUAUUUGAAAAUUUUAGAAACCUUUGUCUUAAGACGUAUGGAUUAGACCCCGCUCAUUAUUAUACUGCUCCGGGAUUAAGUUGGGAUGCAAUGUUAAGAACUACAAAAAUAAAACUAGAACUCCUAACUGAUAUCGAUAAAAUAGCUUUUAUAGCGAAAAAUAUUCGAGGUGGCAUAUCACAAUGUAGUAAUAGAUAUGCGAAGGCUAAUAAUAUUUUUUUGUCAGAUUAUAAUCAAAAUAUCCCAUCAUCAUUUCUUAUGUACUUUGAUGCAAAUAACCUUUACGGGUGGGCUAUGUCUCAAUGUCUUCCUACCGGUAAAUUUGAAUGGGUAAAUACAGAUACUGACUUUAAUAUAUCUGAUGACGCUGAUCAUGGUUUAAUUUUAGAAGUUGAUCUCGAAUACCCUAACGAGUUGCAUGACUCUCAUUCAGAUUUGCCAUUCUGUCCUGAAAACGUUUGUUUGGGUAAUUCCAAAGAAAAAAAAUUAAUUCCUAAUUUAAAUAAAAAAACGAAUUAUGUCAUUCACUAUAGAAAUCUAAAACAGUGUUUAAAAAAUGGUUUGAAAUUGAGUAAAAUCCAUCGCAUUCUUAAAUUUCAGCAGUCUAUGUGGUUAAAAAGUUACAUAGAUUUGAACACCCACAUGCGAUCACAGGCAUCAUCCGAUUUUGAAAAAGAUUUCUUUAAACUAAUGAAUAAUUCAGUGUUCGGUAAGACCAUGGAAAAUGUUGCAAAACGUGUAAAUGUCAAAUUAUUAAAUAACUGGGAAAAUCGAGGAAAAACACAGGGGGUUCAAUCUUUGAUAGCGAAACCCGAGUUCCAUAGUUUAUCCAUAUUCUCUGAGAAUUUAGUGGCCGUUCAGUUGAAUAAAACUAGAAUAUUUAAUAAUAAACCGAUUUAUUUGGGAUUUUGCGUAUUAGAUAUAUCAAAAACUUUGAUGUAUGACUUUCACUACAGCUACAUGAAAACCAAAUAUCCAGACAAUCUUAAGCUUCUUUAUACAGAUACUGAUAGCUUAGUAUAUCAAAUUUUCACGGAAAAUUAUUACGCAGAUAUAAAAUCAGACCUUAAUUUAUAUUUUGAUACAUCUGACUAUCCUCCUAACAAUAAAUAUGAUUUGCCGUUAAUUAAUAAAAAGCGAUUAGGGUUUUUCAAAGAUGAAAAUAAUGGUAGAAUUUUAAAAGAAUUCGUAGGUCUGAGAUCUAAAAUGUAUACCUUAGAUGUUGAAAAAUAUGACGAGAAUGAUGAGAAAACUGAAAAAUACGGUGUUUUAUCAAAAGCCAAAGGAGUCAAUAAAUGUGUUACAAAAAAAUUUACUCUUGACAAUUACAAAACGUGUUUAUUUAAUAAAAAUUUGCAACGCGCUCAAAUGCUAAGAUUUAAGUCUAUAAAACAUAUAAUAUUCACUCAAAAAAUAAAUAAAAUAUCAUUAUCGCAUGAAGAUACAAAACGAUACUUAUUAGAAAACUCUUCUGACACUCUUGCGUGGGGUCAUUAUAAAAUACCGCAAUAAUUAAAAAGUUUUUUAAGUUGUAAUUUAAUCACACAGAACAUUCGAAUUCCAAAUUAUUGUUUGUACAUUGUAUAUUUUUAAGAUAUUACUUGUAAACAUGUAA